GCAAAAAAAACCCUUCUCUCUCCUCGAAUACACAAAUGGAUGACUCUGCACCAUCUCUACCAUCUAUCUGGGCCUCCAUGAACAGCUGGUUCACUCCCACUGUUCUCUUCGUCUUCCUCAAUCUCAUGAUUGGAACCAUUCUCUUCACCUCCAACAUACCCAACUAUAACCACCACCAUAACAACAACAACAAACAAGAAGAUCACAAUGAAAAAACCCAGAAUCACAACGAGUUGAUUCAAUCCAAACUCGUCAGAUCUCCAUCCAUUCUCCACCGUCUAAGAUCUUUCAACCUCUACCCUCACAGAUCUCAACAGGAUGCGUCUCCCGCCAUCCACCACCAACAACAUGAAGCUUUAGAAAUUGCUGCUACACAAUACGUUUUCAAUCACCCUUUUUCUCAUGAACACGAUGUGCAAACGGUUUCUGCGAACCCCGACGGUCUCGAUCUUAACCCGACCCGUUUCGACCACGAAUCCGAAUCCCAAUAUGCUGCUUUCAAUCAUACCAAUGAGGUACUUCUCCCUAAUGUACAGACCCAUUUCGUUUUCGAACAGAAACACACCGUUGAGAAGGUGACUGCCCAUUUCGAUGUCGGUCCGGAAAACCCGGAGGAUUCGGGUUUUGAAGAAACCCAUGAGCAAGAAAACGAUGAGUUCCAGAGUUUAGAUGAGGUUUACAGCAUUAUAACAGGCGGACAUGUUAACAGAACAAAAUCCGACACUCUGCCGGCGUCAGGUGAGAUUCCGGUAAAACUACCGGUGAAGAUGAAAAAGUCGGCAAGUUUGAAAUCUGCAUUCUCCCAUUUCGAGGAGGAGAAGAUCGUGGAGGCUCGUCGGCCGGCGACCGUGAGGGAGAGGAGGUCGGCUUCUAGGGCAACGGAGGAGGAUGACGUGGAAGUGGACGCAAAGGCGGAUGAUUUUAUCAACAAAUUCAAGCAUCAGCUGAAAUUGCAGAGGUUGGAUUCCAUCAUAAGGUACAAGGAUAUGGUACAUAGAGGGAGUGGAAAGUAAAAUACCUUAAACUUACAGGGUACUUUAUGUAACAUUUUGGAAAUCAAGGGGCUUGUUUUGACAAAUUUCUAUAGUUUAAAACUCCACAGUUCUUUUUCUUGAUGUUGAAAUUGAAAUCGCAUU